UCGGGGUCGUGCAGCACCCAGCAACAACCAGUUGCCCGCACGAUCCAACUGUGUAAGGACGCGGUAGCGAUUGGCUUCAACUUCUCACGACAUUUGUACGACAGUACAGUAGCUGUGACUCACAACCAUGGCAGACGACAGCAUAGCGGGCAAGUGGAAGCUGGAUCGCAGCGAGAACUUUGAGGAGUUCCUCGAAGAAAUGGGUGCUCCUUGGAUAGCCCGUAAGGCAGCAGCCAAGUCCAGCCCUACCCAGGAGGUUAUUAUAAACGGGGACAAUCUUGAGAUCAAGCUCAGCUCCAUCAUGUCGACCAACAUCAUGAAGUUCACCAUCGGCACUGAGUUUGAAUCCGAGUGGGGCGGAAAGAAAAACAAGGCCGUGGCGAGUUGGGAGGACGGCAAACUUGUGAUGAAAGAGACGGGAGAGAAUGGAGAAACUGUCACUACCCGCCAUGUGGAGGGAGGUGAACUGAUGAUGAUAAUCACUACACCCAAGGGACUCGUCUGCAAACGAAUUUUCAAGAAGUGUGACUGAGGGACCACAUACACAUACAUGUACAUGCCUUCAGGACAGCAGGGCAACAUGUACAACCUGGUCAAGAGAAGACAAAACAGACAAAAUUAACUUAGGAUGUUAGAUGAAUUAUGAAUAAUACCAUAAUUUAACACUUAUGUUCCCAAUGAAUAUAUAGUUAUAUUGUAGUACCUACUUUCAUGACAGCAUAUCAAUAUGCUGGUCAAGAAAAGAUGAAAACAAGCAAAACAUCCAAAAUUAACAAAGUUGUUAUUAGAGAUAUACAGGACUAUUUACAAAUUUUUCUCAUUUUACCAAUUUGUAUACUUGAAUAGUUAUACUAUUGGUAUGUAAAGCAACAACAUGACAUUGUUAUGAACUGUUUAAAAAGUUUACUAAUAGUAUAAUUAUAGAAGAAAUCGAGACCAAAAUGGGAUUAAACAACACAACAUUCAUGAGUACAUGUAGCUUCUCUAAGCUUAAAUGUAACAAGUGUACCAUCAAGUAUUAUCAAGUGUAUGGAAUAUCUCAUAUAAUAACAAUGUAAUAGUUUUGUUUAUUUGAAAGAAAAAAAAAUUAGAGGAUUUUAAAAUAAAAAUGACCAAUGCAACAUAUACCGUACUCAAUAGUUAUCAUCAUGAUGGUAAAAUCAUAAUAUCAAAUUGAAUGUAAAUGACACUCAGAACAUGGUGUCUAGGGCACAUGACAAUUAAAAGUAUAGGCAAGACCUCAAA